AUGGCCACUCGAAUUCGACCAGCGGUCAUCGCUCGCCCAUUGGCAUUCGUCUCCCGAAAAGGCAUUUACACAUUCCGGUCAAACACGAGCUGUGAAUCUAGUUGCAUCAAUAGCACGACCUCCACCGUGCACUAUCGCUCAUUGUCUACCGAUCCUGCGAUAAAUGCAAAUCGGAUCAAGCCGCUUCAUUUUCAUGUCCCUCUGUUUCCUGGCGUGCAAUUGCUAGACUUCGCAGGACCAUUGGAUGUCCUUAGUCUGCGAUCUCAGUACCCAGAAACAUCUGGACUCACGUUGMCCUUGCUUUCGUCGACGCUUGAGCCAGUCUCAACCAAACCUGUCGCCCCACCAAGCGCCAGGUGGAACUUCAAUCUUCCUCCUGGGACCAACACAAGUUUCAAUCCAAGAGUCGUACCCGAUGUGACUUUCCAAGACUACCUCUCGGCAUUAUCCAGUGGCAAUAUUUCAGACAAUGGCGCGGAUGGAUCCCUCAAACCUAUUGACGUUCUAUUGAUUCCCGGUGGCCCUGGCACGCGGUUGGAUCGUGUCCACUCCGAUCCGGCAGAAGCAAAUAUUUCAAAUACGCAAGAAGCGCAAGAUUUCAUUAAGGCGGUCGCAUCACAUGUCCGACACAGCGUCAUCACAAUAUGCACAGGCAGCCAUGUUCUGGCUCAGACUGGUCUGCUCAAUAACCUCGACGCCACUACGAAUUCGGCCCGCUUCAAGGAUGUUUCCACAGCAAAUCAUCCGCAUAGUCGAAAAGUAAAGUGGCAAGAAAAUAGGCGAUGGGUUAGAACUAGCGUCCCCGAUGCAUCCACGGGUAACACCUCGGCUCAGCUGGAUACUACAACCAAGACCCAUGAUGGCUUGCGUCCUGGCGUCGAGGUCUGGUCGUCAGCUGGCGUUACAGCCGGGCUGGAUCUUUUGCUGGAGUUUGUAAAGGUGCAUUAUGGAGGGUUAGGGGUGGCUCAACAGACCGCUGAGCGAUUAGAAUACCGCUGGGAACAAGAUUGA